CCGUUCUCAAAAUAAUGGGCGUUCAUCGAACCUCGAUUGAUCCACUACGUGAUUGCAAGACGCCCCAUUGUUCGAGGCACGCAGAUCCAGCGCGGCGUCUGAAGUCACCAAGGGUUGAACCGGUGGUAUGCCAAUCGCGCCCGUUGCAGGUUUACCAUUUCAAUACCUGACAGCGCGCGGUAUGUAGCGCAUGCAACACUAGCCAUGCUGCAUACACCAGACAGACAUGCUGUUCCCCUGCUGGCUUGCAAAGGAUCUCCCAUCCUAUCUUCCGCAUCUGUAGUCCGGAACGCGCUAUUAAUGGUCUGGGCGGUACCAGCUAUUGACAUUAAAUAUUUCUCUCAUUUCUUCAGGUUUUGUGUCCUCACCAUGUGCUGUGGAGUUGCCAUGCUUUGAACAUCACGUGGACUGCAAUCAGUGCAGUUUAAUAUCUCGCCGAACGGGAGGGGACAUGUAGUAGGACAACUGGCGCCACUGUACGGCAGAUGUGCAGGUAGAUACCAACACGGUGAAGCUACGCUUGUUGUUGGUGAUGCGGAACAUGUUCUGUUGGAUAUAUCGAGUUAGGACGAGACAUGCAGGUACAUUCAGGUGACUGCUGUUGACUUUAAUUACCAUUCUCCACUAUAUUUGUUUGGCUAUUUGCGCUCACCUAUAAAGCAGUGUUUUUACAGCUGUUGUGGACUCGGAGAGUGGACUUUCAUCACUUCAAAUAGAGAUGCACUGGGAUGCUAGAAUUCAACUUGUUGUAAUUUAAGCGAGCCACUGAGUGAAUUUUGUCAGUAAAAAUAGCCUGAUUGAAGGCUGUAGCAACAGUGCCGUUUAAGUGCAGCGUCUCUGAAUAUUCUGCACACAGAUAGCAUCAUCAUCUGAAGAGGUUCGUGGAUUGUGUACGAGAUGGUGAAGUACAGCCAGGUUAAUGCCCCAUCUUGUUACCCGACCACCGUGUUUGUGGUCAACUCUUCACGGGGGACGCCAGGCGAAGACGCUGGCGUCAACCCGCUGUUCAACGGACGGUCGGUCCCCGUGCUGGUUCUCAUUGGCGUUAUUCUGUUCCUGAUUAUCGUCAUGACCAUCGUGGGCAACAUCUUCGUCAUCUUGGCGCCGUCCGUCAACAGACGUUUGCGUAACGUGACGGGGUUGUUCAUCGUGUCGCUAGCGGUUGCCGAUCUCCUGUUGGGAAUAGUCGUGUUACCAUUCAGCGCCAUCUUGGAAGUCUGGCGUUGCUGGCCGUUCGGGGCUGUCUUAUGCAACCUCUAUGUUUCCUGUGACGUCAUGUUUUGCACAGCCUCCAUCUUAAAUCUGUUCGGUAUCAGUAUCGACAGGUACGUGGCUAUAACGGAUCCCAUGGCGUACCACCAGAGGCUCACACGAGGUAAGGCACUUUUGAUAAUUAACCUCAUGUGGGUGGUGUCUCUGUUUAUCUCAUUCCUGCCUCUACAUCUUGGCUGGAACACCGGGGAUGGCUCGGUACAAAACUACGAAGAUCCUACCAAAUGCGGACUGGAGUCCAACAAAAUGUACAGUCUAAUAGACGGUAUAAUGUUGUUCUUCCUUCCACUGACUGUAAUGUGUAGCCUGUAUCUUAGAAUCCUUAUGAUUGCUCGGAAGCAGGCAAGGACCAUCAACUCACAGACCUGUGCCCUGCAACCUGCGAGGAGAGUCUUGCGUGAGAACGGUCACACAUCAUCACGAGGCGAAUCAUCCACAUCGGCCUCCACGCGUGCUCACUCAUCACGCAACCAUGAUCUGGCAGCACGCAACCACGCCGUGGUAGACGAACACAAAGCUACCAAGAUGCUAGCUACCAUCAUGGGAUGCUUUGUCAUCUGCUGGGUGCCCUACUUCAGCAUCUUCACUUUCAUUAGGGUCUUCGAAGGAGCUGUGGUGCCCAAGACCCUUGAGAUGGUAGUCUUGUGGCUAGGUUACGUCAACAGUAUGCUCAACCCCCUCCUCUACGCAGCUCUCAACAGCGAGUUCCGUCGGGCUUUCCGUAAGCUGCUCAAAUGGACCCGACUAUCGGCCUUCCGAGCGGACAGUAACGUGACGCAGCUAGAGUUAUCAACGACCAGUACGCCGAGACAAGGUACCACUAACAUGUCGGUCCGUAACGGCUCUGUGGUCCCACCGAUGUACGUGGAGGUCCAUGCACCUGAUAUAAUCGAGCAAGGUUCGGAGGUAGAGAGAGAUUAUUAAACUAGGUUGUAAUAAUAGUUCGCGGUGAAAUCAUGGGAUAAUAAAUCUCUUCUUGAGAAGUCUGGUUCUGAGAAGAACCAAACUCAACCUUACGACCAACAUGCUAUGUUCGUCGUUUGCUUCGUUCGUCUCCUGACGACGAACAAAGUACACUGCACGAAACGUUGAGUCUUCACAUGUUCUUCUUAGAACCACACUUAACUCACAAAAAAGAUUUAUAGUCCCACGGUGUCGCUACAAAUAUAUACCUGAUCUCACCAUAAAACCUUCAAAUCUUAGGUCGCAAUACAUUUAGUACAAGUAAUAACAAUAAUCAGAUAAAAUAUUGACCAAGCUUUGUACUUAAGAAACCCUGUGAAAAAAAUGUUGCAACCUGACGCCACUUUUUUCUUCAUAAAUAUAUCAUCUCAAUGAAGGU